CUGUAUCUGUAAGUGAUGUCUCCUUCCUUCAAUAGAUGUUACUGGGGCUAUUGUUUUGAAGCUCUUGCCACUGAAGAUCCAAGAAGAGCUGAUGGAGAAGGGAUACAUCAUGUUGAUGCCAAUGCUGAAUACUGCUCUGUGAUUAAAACCAAAUUAGGAGCCCAUCGAAUCCUGAUGGGUGCCGAAAUGGACUGUUGUGAUUCAACAGAUGAGGGUAGAAGGUUCUAUGUGGAACUUAAAACCAGUCGUGAGUUAGACUAUCAUACUGAGGAAAAAUAUGAGAGGGAGAAAUUACUCAAAUUCUGGAUUCAAUCAUUCCUUGCUGGUGUACCAUAUGUUGUCAUUGGUUUCAGGGAUGAUGCUGGCCGACUCGUCCGUACUGAAAGACUAAGAACCAAAGAUAUAACACACAGAGUAAAGAUGAAAAAUUAUUGGCAGGGAGGAGUGUGCCUAGCAUUUGCUGAUGAGGUGUUGUGCUGGCUUUAUGGGACAGUUAAAGAGAAUGAAGACUACAUCCUGCAGUUUGCGUCACCUUUCACGCGAUUGGAGCUUCUUCAAGCACAAUCUUGCCCAGAUGAAAUCACUUCCCAUGUCAAGCAAUUAUAGCUACUUAUCAAGACUUGAAAAUAUCAUAAUCGAAUUAAAAUAUGAAUUAUAGUAUUUAAACUGGAUGUCGAGAGGGUAUUUAUUUUCGUUUUUCUUCUAUAUAUAAUUGAUUCUCGUAUUGUGUGAGACGAUCUUUUGAAUUGCUAUAGAAAUUAUAAAAUAACUUCUCAUCCA